CUGAGCAGCGCAGGCUGCGUCCCCACUCGAACGCCGGGCGCAGGUGCAGUAUCACCUGGGCAGGGCUCCGAUGGGAGCUUGUGCUGUUGGAAGUACUCCUCCCCGCUACAGACACACAGAUUCACAUGCAUUCCUCGGAUCCCGAUUUCCCUUCCGUGACACUCUCGGGGCAGCGGCUCCCACACUUCCAGAAACGGCUCCGCCCAGAAGCCCCACCCUCUGCUGCGAUCCGCUGUAAAUCCCGGCCCCCGGCGGGCUGCCUCGCACUCACAGCCGCCCUCUCCAGGCCGUGCGACCUGCGCACUCUGGAGCUUCAGGAUGGUGAAAGCUAAGAGCUGGGCCCUGAAGAAGCACUUCGAAGGCAGUCCUACUGAUAGUAACUUUGAGUUGAAGACAACUGAGCUCCCACCCUUAAAAAAUGGAGAGGUCCUGCUUGAAGCUCUGUUCCUCACUGUGGAUCCUUACAUGAGAGUGGCAGGCAAAAGACUGAAGGAGGGUGAUAUGAUGAUGGGACAACAAGUGGCCAGAGUUGUGGAAAGUAAAAACUCAGCCUGGCCAACAGGGACUGUUGUCCUGGCUUCUUCAGGUUGGACAACACAUUCCAUUUCUGAUGGGAAAGACCUGGAAAAGCUACCUACAGAAUGGCCGGAUACAUUACCACUGUCUUUGGCUCUGGGGACAGUCGGCAUGACGGGUCUAACUGCCUACUUUGGCCUACUUGACAUCUGUGGUGUGAAGGGUGGAGAAACGGUGCUUGUCAAUGCAGCAGCAGGAGCAGUGGGCUCUGUUGUGGGGCAGAUAGCCAAGCUCAAGGGCUGCAAAGUUGUUGGAGCAGCAGGAUCUGAUGAAAAGGUUGCCUAUCUUGAAAAGCUUGGAUUUGAUGUUGCCUUUAACUACAAAACAGUAGAGUCUUUAGAGAAAACUUUGAAAAAAGCCUCUCCUGAUGGUUAUGAUUGUUAUUUUGAUAAUGUAGGUGGAGAGUUUUCGAAUGUUGUUAUCCCCCAGAUGAAGCUAUUUGGAAGAAUCGCUAUAUGUGGGGCUGUCUCUACAUAUAACAGGACCCACGCUCCUCCCCCAGGCCCACCCCCAGAGAUUAUCAUUUAUCAGCAACUCCGCAUGGAAGGGUUCAUCGUCUCCCGCUGGCAAGGAGAGGUCCGCCAGAAAGCUCUGAAGAACUUGCUGAAAUGGGUCUUGGAGGGUAAAAUCCAGUACCAAGAAUAUGUCAUUGAAGGAUUUGAAAACAUGCCAGCUGCAUUUAUGGGAAUGCUGAAAGGAGAUAAUUUGGGGAAAACAAUAGUGAAAGCAUGAACAAAAAAAUGACACGUGGCAUCUGGAGAUCAUUUGGAUGAUUACUGGAUUUGUUUUCACCUUUUAAUAAAAAUGUAUACUGCCUAACUAUCUAA